AUCUGGUGACGCAAUGGACAGCGCACUUGUCCUUCACCAAGACGGCCAGGGUUCGCUGCCCUGAUCGGACGUAAAAGUUAUGGAGGUCGUUUGAUAUUCCCGAUAAUGUCACACGGUUUAUUUUAAUAUAUAAUAAAGGCGUCGAGUAGAUGGCCGUAGAGGAUACUAUAGGAAGUAAAAUCAAUAUUACAUCACUCUAUUGUAAUUAUAUUCAAUUGUUUCUGCUGUGAAUGUGACAUUUAUAUUUUAAAAUCAGCUAUAUUUAACAUGUACAAAUAAACGUUAUGAUAACAACUUGUAAACUGCAAGAUAACACUAGCAUGUUCUCAUGGCGUGAUGUUUGCAUUAUUGAUGAUAAUACCUGAGUAUUUAUCCAAGGCAGUACUCAUUUAUACUCAAAUAUACUGAAGACAGCAACGAUGAAUCUCCUGUUGUUGGUUUUAGGAAUAGUAACAGUAAAUAGUAGCCUUGUGGAUGACCUAGAAGAUUGCCCGCUCCCUUUGCCACGGACACAAUACGUGAAGUCGUAUAACGAUGUAUGUCUCUUCCUCAUCACGGGAAAAUAUUCCUGGAACGGUGCCAACUCCAACUGCCGUCGCCAUGGAGGUCGUCUGGUGCAGAUUCAGGACCAAGACAAACAGGACUUCCUCUACAACACACUGAAGUCCAUGCACUGGGGAGACUGGGGAGUGUGGAUAGGGGCAACUGACCACGACAGUGAGGGAACAUGGAAGUGGACAGAUGGUACCACACUGUCCUAUGGUAACUGGCAUCCAGGUGAGGGACCGACUCACGGCUUCCUCUUCUCUAAGGCAGGGUACGAGGACUGCGCCCUACUACGACUAAAUGACAAUGGAAGAUGGCACGACCUUGAUUGUGGGACUAUUCUGUAUCAUCACACAUCUAUAUGUGAAUACCAAAAGGUUUAUCGACCUUCAGUACUAACAACAACAACAACGCCAUAUACAACACCAACAACAACAACAAUGCUGACAACAACAACGGUAAAUAGUAGCCUUGUGGAUGACCUAGAAGAUUGCCCGCUCCCUUUGCCACGGACACAAUACGUGAAGUCGUAUAACGAUGUAUGUCUCUUCCUCAUCACGGGAAAAUAUUCCUGGAACGGUGCCAACUCAAAGUGCCGUCGCCAUGGAGGUCGUCUGGUGCAGAUUCAGGACCAAGACAAACAGGACUUCCUCUACAACACACUGAAGUCCAUGCACUGGGGAGACUGGGGUGUGUGGAUAGGGGCAACUGACCAUGACAGUGAGGGAACAUGGAAGUGGACAGAUGGUACCAAACUGUCCUAUGGUAACUGGCAUCCAGGUGAAGGACCGGACCAUCGAUUUCUCUCUGCUAAGGCAGGGUACGAGGACUGCGCCCUACUACGACUAAAUGACAAUGGAAGAUGGCACGACCUUGAUUGUGGGACUAUUCUGUAUCAUCACACAUCUAUAUGUGAAUACCAAAAGGUUUAUCGACCUUCAGUACUAACAACAACAACAAUGCCAUAUACAACACCAACAACAACAACAAUGCUGACAACAAUACCAACAACAAUGCCGACUACUACUUCUGCUAUGACAACCAUACCAACAACAACAAUGUUGACAACAACAACAACAACAAUGCCGACUACAACAACGGACAAUUGCUCAUCUUAUAAUUCACUUGCCUCCCUCGUGAAAUUUUACGGAAAUAACUGUAUAAGGUUUGUGAAAGAUGCGAAGUCCUGGAGUGAUGCUAACGCUGAGUGUGUCAGUCAAGGUGGACAUUUGCUACAGAUCCACAGUCAGAUAGAGCAGGACUUCAUCUUUGAAAGCCUAAGAUCCCUACACUGGAGUGACUCGGGAGCGUGGAUAGGGGCUACUGACCAUGGUAGUGAGGGACAAUGGAAAUGGAGUGAUGACUCGCCCGUUGAGUAUAGUCACUGGAAGCCUGGAGAGGGACCAUUUCACAACGCCACGAACGAGAACUGUGCCAUGAUUAACGUAGAUGAUGGGAUGUGGUAUGACUACGAUUGUGGAGCCGUCAUCUAUAACCAGGCUUACAUAUGUCAAUAUAGCCAGUGAUUAGUGUAGAAAUGUGACAUAGUUAUCUCCCUUUGUUAGGUGUAUGUAUCUGUGGAGGGACCAUCUCACAACGCCACGAACGAGAACUGUGCCAUGAUUAACGUGGAUGAUGGGAUGUGGUAUGACUACGAUUGUGGAGCCGUCAUCUAUAACCAGGCUUACAUAUGUCAAUAUAGCCAGUGAUUAGUGUAGAGAUGUGACAUAGUUAUCUCCCUUUGUAAGGUGUAUGCUUUUGACCUUUUGACUUUUUACUACUGAUUUUGUCAACUUGUGUGUUGACGGAUAUAUGCAAUGGUGCAUCUUUUGCACUACCAUUAUAUAUGUGAUCAAUGCCUGUUUUCCCUGAUGUUGAUUUAGAUAAUCGUAAGUGAAGAAAACCCUAUUAGUGUCAUUUUAAACAAAUUGAAUAAUUAUAUUGAUGUUUCAAUAAGUAACAUAUUAUUUUAUUUUAAAGUAGAGAUGGGGAGGAAAUUUAUCACUCCGCGUGGUGAGAGAAUAUAUCAGAUAUACAUCUGCACAGAGGUGGAGGACGAGCUCCACUUUAUGUUAAAAUGCUCUAUCUUAAGAGACAUACGGGUUAAUUUUUUAACCUUCGUUGAAAAUCCUAUUUUGCAAAAUGUAGUCAAUCUGUUUAGCUUAUCUGAUAGUACACUGCUUAAAAAAAGAUGUUUAUAUAAAAAUGUCAAUGGUGUUAUACAAGAGAUACAAGAAACUAAUAUGUCAGAACAUAAAUACAUGCACGAUUGUCUGAUGUCAAAAUGUUGAAACGGUACUGUGGGCUGGAGGCAUUUUUGUGCAAAUAAACCAUUGUUAUUG